AGAAGAAGGGGAAAGGCUUAUGAAUGAGAUGAAGGAAGCAUAUUCCGGAACAUACGAGCAAAAUGCAAAAUCUUUAAAACACAAAUUCGACAAUGAUUCAUCAGAUUCAUCAGAUAGUUUGAAAAUAAGUGAAUAUGAAUCACCUACGCAAGAUCCUGAAGAACUUGAAUUAGCGAUUCAAGACUUGGUUAGUGGCAUUCAGGCGCCAGAAACGAUAACAAAAAAGGCUUUAGAAAUAAUCGAGCCACCUCCUGAGCUGGAGUAUAAAAAAGUUGUCGCAAUAUCUAAAGCAAUGCCUCCAGCUAAUUUUCAAGCACAAAAAAUUGGCGUAGACGACCCGGGGCUCCAUCUGUAUAAAAGAAAAAAAACGAAUCACAGUGUACUAAAAAAUAAAGUUGACGGGUCGGUGUCCGAGUGCACUUCUGAAGAUGAAAGGUCAGUGGUGGAAUUGACUCACAAGAGAGUAUCGGAAUCUGAGGAAACGAUAAGUCCCUUUUCAAAUAAAUCGGAUGGAACAUCUGAUUCGUCAUCAUUCAACAUCACGGUCACGGAUAAACUUCAACGGUCAAAGUUAAGAAGAUUGUAUGAUGAUACGAGAGACUUGGCAUCGAUGCCAGUGAAAAGAAAAAUUCUAGAUCUCCGUGAAAAUCUGAAAACGAUAAAUAUAGAUGAUUCUAAUCAGUGUAUCAUUGGAGAAUUAGAUUAUCCAACUUACAUCCAAGAUGUAAAUCAAGUUACCGCCGAAUCAACAGAAAAUCAAUGCAUGGAUACAAAUGAACGACUACUAAACUCUAGUUAUAGUAGUAACUCAGGUUAGUCAUUGCUGUGAUGAAAAGUGACAAAUUUCACGUAUUUUUCCAAUAAUUUUGAAAAUAACGUUGUAUAUUCUUACUUUAGAAAUAGUUGAUAAAUUGUUUAAUAAUCUU